UCCCACAAUCCAUGAGAAGCUGCAGUCCGUCAGCUAGAUCAUUCCUUUAUAAGCUUGCACUCCUUUCCUUAAAGUCAGAACAGACCGUUCUGGUACCUACGUGCCUUCUACACAACAGUUACACACUGCCUUUCUGCAAGACUAAGAUACAGCGAUCAGCCCCCUACAUAUCACUCCUGUACUUCUCUUUCUGCGAGACCAGCGUACGUAGCCAAUCCGUUAGCCUUAAAAGCAGAAAAUGGCGCACGAUAGCCCAUCCAAUGCGCUCAAUCCUGAUGCCCCCGCGUUCUCCCCAAGCUCUAGUCCCUCGCAGCAGGCCUCUAAUCAACACCAAUGGAACUUUCGAGUGCUCCAGAUCCCGUACAUACAUGAAGGUACCUCGUACUUUACCUACCCACCGCUGAUACUGUUGCCACCACCAUCUCUGCAACAGCCAUCUCAACCACUGCCACCACAACCUCUACCACCGCAGCCACCAUCACAAUUGCCAUCGCAGCCACUACCAUUACAAGCCUAUGAUGGUCACAAUAGUAGCAGUAGCAGCAGCAGCAGCAGCAACCACAGCAACGGCAACGGUAACGGUUAUAGCAGCAACAGCUACAAUAGUCCCUACCAAACCGGCCCCACCACUCCCCAUAACAACCUUUACGCCCAUUUCACCAAUGCCAACACUGCUAUCCCCUUUCCCUAUGCUCAAACCACGGCCCUCUCCUCCAAUGGCUACCACCACUUCCACUUCCACAACAACUACAACUACACGAACAGCCACUACAGCAACAAUUUCCCCUCGUCUAACCUGUAUCCCACCGACUACUCAAACCUCGGCCUCUUCUCCGCCUUCAGCAGUCAAAUGAACCAAGUCGAGGGCAUCCAAAACAGCUUUCACGGCCAACGCAGUGCCACCAAUGGACAUGGCGGCGUCUGGCAGCAGCAACCGACGAAGGACAGGGGGAAAAAGAGCAAGAGGAACAAGAGGAAGAAGCAUGGAAAGUGCAAGGGUAAGAAGAAGGGUGAUGCUAAUGGUGAUGAGCUUGGCAGUGACCAGAUCAAUGGGGAUGGCGCCGGUGGAGAUGAUGUCAAUGGAGAUGAGGCAAACGGGGGUGGGAGCAAUGGCGGCGAGGCCAAUGGUGACGGUACUCGUGACGGUGAUACGCCUAGCGAAAACGAAUGGAAAUUUGAGGAAGAAGAGACCUAACCGAUUAUCCCACGGUUUUGCUGGCCAAGGCGGUGAUCUUCAUCUCGGCUCCUCGCAGUCACCUCAUUACCACCACUCUCAUCCGACUCUAACCCUUCCAGGACUGAUCGUAAUAUGCAGCUAAAACUGCAAUCAGCUUGCGUGUCAUUCUUCUGGGCUGGUG